AGGUAAACAAUAGUUUGGCAAAGAAAUUAUAUGCAUAAAUUUGAAAAAACCAAAAAAUGUUAAAAAAUUGCUUUUUACCGGUAAAUUAUAAUAAACCAGUCUCACAAACAUGUGGAGAAAUUAUCUGCGAAAAUCUGCAAGAAUUUAUAAUCAAUUGUAAAUUGUGUAAAAUCAAGAUAUUCGAGUUUGAAGAAUUUGUACAGCACUUUAAGAAUGUCCAUUUGGAUGCUAGUAAUGACAACAAACAAGAGAAGAAGCCUGCAGAAAAUCGUGAAGAACAUGAAAACAUUGAAAAUUUUGAACAUGUUAUAAAGUUGGAAAUCACCGAAGCAGCGGAUCACAAAAAGGAUGAACGAUUGGAAAACGAAAAUGAGGAGAUUACAGGAAAUAAUGAAGAAUUCUUAUGGGAUGUGGACAAUAAUACAUAUUCGGAUGAGGACAAAGAUUAUGAAGGCAAUUCAGAGGAUGACGAAGGCCAGGAGGAUGAUGAAGAACAAAGUAAAAGUAUAAUGAGAAAGCCCCGAAAACCCAAAGAGUUUUCAUGUGAAAUUUGUAAUAAAAAGUAUGCGGACUCCAGGCGUUUGCAAUUACAUGUGAAAAUAGUACAUUUACGUGAGAAACCUUACAAAUGUUCUAUGUGUGAUCAGUCGUUUGCUGAAGAACGUUCCCUAAAAAAUCACGUUGGCCAUAAGCACACCGGUUAUGAGUGCCCAGAAUGUCAUAAGAACUUUACCACAAAUCGCAAUCUCAAACGUCACAUGUUAAUACAUUUAGAUAAAAAGGAAUUUGUAUGCAGUGAGGAUAAUUGCGGCAAAGCUUUUGCCACCAAGGGUCAACUGAAAGAUCAUCAACGUUAUCACAAUAGCGAAAUGUUUAUAUGUGAAGAAUGUGGCUACAAGUGUCGCCAGCGAGAAUCACUAAUUGUACAUAAACGCCAUCACACGGGUGAGAAACCAUUUGGCUGUAAACUUUGUGAGCGUCGGUUUGGUUCGAAACCUUUACUCAAUGAACACAUGGCUACACACGAAACGGAACGUAAACAUGUUUGUGAAGUGUGUGGUAAAAGUUUUAACCGGCCCAAGGCUCUGUACCAUCACAAACAUUUGCAUUUGGGUGUAAAGAAAUUUGUUUGUAAAAUCUGUGGCCAGGCUUAUGCUCAAGCGGCCGGUCUAUCGGCCCACAUGCGAAAACAUAGAGAAGAUGGAGCCUCUUUUACCACCGAAGCUCCCUUACCACCUAAUAACGCUAAUAUAGUAAAUGUAUUUUAUCCUUUUUAAUUAAUUUGCAAUAAAUUUGAUAAAAAAAAAAACUUAUA